AUGCCUGGUAGCUAUAUGGACAAAGAUCCAAACGACCCUCUUUACAAAAAGAAGGCUGAGGCUUCACUGAAGACCUACCAGCAAAUCAGUGCUACUGACCGAGUUCACAAAGUAUUGCAAGUCCAAAAAGUUACCGUUCAAGUUGUUGCCGGAUGGCUUACAAGGAUUAAUUACGCUGCUGCCCUGACAAACUGUCUGCUCAAUAGUAACGCGCAACCAAAGGAUUCCUUAUGUGCGGAGUCAGAUUUAUCUAAUCUCCUCUUAUGCUCUUCAGAAACUUUAGAACGACCCUGGUUAGAGAACACGGAAAUAAAACUAUCUUGCGUUCCUAUACCAUAUGUGCCAUGGACUCCAGGUCGCGAAAUCAAAGGAAAUCCAAUCGACCCCAAAUACAAAUUAAUAGCCACAGAAGCGCUAAAAGUUCAUCUACGACUCAAGGGUAUUCGUAAACUUCAUCACGUUGAAGAAGUGACCGAUGUAACACUUAUAAUAAAUCCUGGUCGGACAACGAGACUUAAUUUCACAGCUGCACCAGACUGUGUGAAAUUAGAUAAUGGACAUUGUAGGAAGAACGUGUUGGCCGACAUGGCAUGUACUUCAGAAACUUGGGAAACACCCUGGAAUAUCGGUGUUUUAAUAAAGCCUGGCAAACACAUGGACCCAAACGACCUGUUAUAUAGAGAGAUGGCUACAGAGGCACUGGACCUAUACUUGCGACUAUUGCCAGCGCGUAAAUCUUACCGAACUCACCGCGUCGGACAAAUGGAGAGAGUUACUACUCAAUAUGUUACAUUGCACAAUGCAACUGGUCUCUUGACGAGAAUCAGUUUCACUGCAAUAAAGAACUGCCGGGCUUUGUUGGAUCAUCAUUGUAAAGUGACUUUACCAAUUGACCUCACAUGCGCUACAGAAUUUAUAGAACAACCAACAAUAGACGAAUCAUCAAUAAAAGUAUCCUGCGAUCAGGUACUUCUAAGUUCUUUGAGAAGUUCAAAGGUAAAAACAAAUGAUUUGUCUAGAAUAAGCCUUCGAGUAAUAUGCUGUUCAUUCAUCCUAAUUUGCCUAGGUGACAUAAGAAGUCAAGCAGACAAUGUAGAAGAAAAAGCUUCAGCGACGGGUAAUAAGAUUUCCAACGACCCUAACAUUCCCAUAUAUAGAGAUAUGGCUGAAGAAGCACUGAAAACAUAUUUGAGAGUCCAAGAUGUUUCUCGACCACAUCACGUAGUGCAAGUAGAAAAAGUUACAGUUCAAACGGUUUCUGGUACUAUAACGAGAAUUGAUUUUGUUGCUGCACCAAACUGUCUCGUAGUCAACGAUACCUACUGCGAGAACGAGUUGCCCAUUGACUUGAAAUGCUCUUCAGAAACUUGGGAACAACCUUGGUUGUCAAAAGCAUCUAUAAAAAUAUUGUGCGAUCCAUUACCCGAUUGCGUUGGAUGCGAAAUUCCCGUAAAUCCGAACAAUCCUAGAUACAGAGAAAUGGCCCGAGAUGCGCUAAAAAUAUACCUGCGUCGUAUUGGUGAUCUUCGCCUUUACCAAGUUGUACAAGUAGAGAGAGUCACAGAGCAAAUCGUUGCUGGGAUGAUCACGCGAAUCAAUUUUACAGCCGUAAUUUCUAACUGUAACGUCAAAGAUGUCGUGCAAACAAUAGAUUUGUCUAAACUUCUUGUGUGUAAAUCAGAACAUCUGACUUUAUUAUCCGGUAAAACAGAAAUAAAAGUAAAUUGCCUUCCUAUACUGAUAACAAAUCGAAACAAGUUUUUACCUAAGUUUUCACGGUUACUUUCCUAUACAGGACUUCUCGAUCCGCAAUACAAAAAAAAAAUGGCUGAAGAAUCGCUCCAAAAAUAUGUGAAUGAUAUUGGUUCUAAACAAAAUCAUAAAUUCUUGCAAGUCACAAAGGUAACGACACAAGUCGUCGUUGGAACCUUGACGAGAAUCAACUUCUACGCUGCUCCCACUUAUUGUCAACUCUGA